ACUUUUUCUCUCUUGUAGUAGUAAAAUACUUUGCGCUUUAAAGACAACAACAAACAACAUUAAAUUAGAUCCUUAUUCUUGACCUUUCGAUCAGAUUCAUGGCAACGACUCAAUCACACACCUCAGAUCUUACUUCAGAGGAGCAACCUGCUAGUUUGGACAUCAUGAAGGAGCAGCAGAAUGUCCCGGUAAACAACGAGACAUCAGCUUCUUUUAAGUCCUCCCAGGAAGCUGCAGUUGUAGUUCAUCCAGCAAAAGUUGCUCCAUUAACUGGACCUUAUGGUUUAGCCGGUGAUUUUGCUGGACACUUACCUAGCAGCAUCCUCUCUCCUCAAGCGCAAGGCUUUUACUAUAGAGGUUAUGAAAACCCCACAGGCGAAUGGGACGAAUAUUCCUCGUAUGUCAAUGUUGAAGGAUUGGACAUCACAUCUCCUGUUGGCUUCAAUGAGAAUGCUUCUCUGGUCUACCAAACGGGAUAUGGAUACAACCCUCAAAUGCCGUAUGGGCCAUAUUCCCCUGCAGCAAGUCCCUUGCCUUCUGAGGGGCAGUUGUAUUCGCCUCAGCAGUUUCCGUUUUCGGGGGCAUCACCGUAUUACCAGCAGGUAGUUCCUCCUAGCAUGCAAUAUAUUACUUCUCCAACUCAGCCCGAGCUCACCAGCCUUGUCGGUGUUGACCAACAAGGUGAUAACAUCGGACCACGCCCGUCCUACCAUCCUCAUCCCAUUGGACCGUUUAAUGGAAACCAGCCAAACCUUGGUUUUCCUGAAUGGCAGCAAGGUUUUGACGGGGGAAUAUGGUCAGAUUGGUCCAAGCCUUCUGAUAUGCACAGACAUUCUUCUUCUAUUUCUCCGGCUUUAUCUCCUCAGCCACUCGGCUCAUUUGGAUCAUAUGGCCAGAACAUUCCCAUGGGGUCACAGCGACAGAGAUCGUUUUACGGUUUUGGAUCUGGUUCGAACUCUUAUAACAGAGGUUAUAUGCAUAGUGGUGGUCGUGGCCAGGGUUCUAACUAUGGAAGUAGACUAAUUUCUAAUGUGGGUAUGGGAAACCACGGCUGGAUUGGGGUUGACAACAGUCGAGGGCGUGGAAGGGUUAGUGAUCCAUCUUUGGGUGGUGGUUAUAAUGGUACAUUUGAUAUCCUCAAUGAGCAAAAUCGAGGACCAAGGGCUUCAAAGCCUAAGACUCAGGUCUCAGAGGAGCUUGAUUCUGCUGCUGAUUCUAAGAAAAAUAACAAAGGCAGUGCAAAGGAACACGAGGAAUCCAACAACGCGGACUUUGUCACCGACUACAAUAACGCCAAGUUGUUCAUCAUCAAGUCUUACAGUGAAGACAAUGUUCACAAAAGCAUCAAAUACAAUGUAUGGGCUAGCACCCCUAAUGGCAACAAAAAGCUUGACGCUGCUUAUCGUGAGGCCAAGGAUGAGAAAGAACCGUGUCCACUGUUUCUUCUGUUCUCGGUAAAUGCGAGUUCCCAAUUCUGUGGUGUAGCGGAGAUGGUUGGACCUGUUGAUUUUGAGAAGAGCGUUGAUUACUGGCAACAGGACAAAUGGAGUGGACAGUUCCCAGUGAAGUGGCACAUUAUCAAAGAUGUUCCAAACAGUCAGUUCCGCCACAUCAUAUUGGAAAACAAUGACAAUAAGCCUGUGACUAAUAGUCGAGAUACCCAAGAAGUAAAACUGGAACAGGGCAUCGAGAUGCUGAAGAUCUUCAAGAACUACGAUGCUGAUACGUCAAUCUUGGAUGAUUUCGGGUUUUAUGAAGAGAGGGAGAAAAUUAUACAGGACCGGAAGGCAAGAAGACAGCCAAGCUUGCCAUCUGCAGGAGUAGUAGCAGGAGAAAAUGAACAUAAACCUGCUUCUGCUGCAUUGCCCACAGACUUCAUGAAGAACAUGUCCAAGAGUUUUGCGCAAGUUGUCCGCUUGGACGAAGGUAGCAAAGAAGCAGGCAAGGCCAGUUCACCUCCAGAUGCAAUUACAACAACAGCAGCAGUCUCUUCUGGUCAAUCCAACUAUGGUGAUACCUUAUCGACGUUAGCUCAAUUUAUCUCCUCUUCCGAGAGAUUUUUCCGGCGACCUGACGGUGAUGGAGGCUUUUGUUAUUGCUGGGCCACCGUGUUUGCACUUGUCUUCAUUCUUCUCUACCAAUUCGUCCUUUCCCCAAAAAUCCGAUUCUUCAGUCAUGCUUCUUCUUCUUCUUCUUCUUCCCCUGUCGUCUCGGUUUCUCAAUCUCUGAGCUCCCAAUCAGGAAUAUCUUCUACACUUGUUUCUGAUGAAGAUCUAAAGGGUCUGAUUGAAAAAUUGGAGGAAAGAAGUGAGGAUGCUCAGGUAUGGGAACAUGUUAUUCAGAAAAGCAACCCUCGCGUCUCAUACACUGCUAAAUGCUGCAAACCAACAGAUGGUGGUCCCAUGAAGUAUUUGAGUACUACAGUGUUUGAGGAUUGCUCGCCAGAGGUUUUGAGGGACUUUUACAUGGACAAUGAUUACAGGAAACAAUGGGACAAGACUGUGGUUGAGCAUGAGCAAUUGCAGGUUGACAGUAAUAGUGGAAUCGAGAUUGGUCGCACUAUAAAAAAGUUUCCCUUGUUGACACCAAGGGAGUAUGUAUUAGCUUGGAAAUUGUGGGAGGGGAAGGAUAAGUUUUACUGUUUCAUCAAGGAAUGUGAUCACAAUAUGGUGCCACAACAGAGGAAGUAUGUACGUGUAAGUUAUUUCAGAUCUGGUUGGCGAAUUAGGAAAGUUCCUGGUAGGAACGCUUGUGAGAUACACAUGUUUCAUCAGGAAGAUGCUGGAUUAAAUGUUGAGAUGGCAAAGCUUGCUUUCUCAAGAGGCAUAUGGAGUUAUGUUUGUAAGAUGGAAAAUGCACUUCGUAAGUACAUUGGAACCAGUCAUAGACCCCAAGGGCCCACUUUAUCCGCUUGCUUGAAAGAUUCUGCCCUGCAAUAUCUGUUUGUAAAAUCUCAAUUUGGUUUUCUGAAACUGAAUAUGCCUUCUUUGGCAUCACACCCUUGUGUUAUCCCACAGAUUCCAUCAGAGUUAGAAAGUCAGACAGAUGACAUUACAAACUCCUCGGGAACUACUAGUGGUCUGCACACAGGUGAAGGAGCCAAACGGAAGAAACUGUUGAGAAAGCCUUCAAAGAAACUGAUAGCAAAUGGUAUGUUACUUUUGGGCGGUGCAGUUGGUGGUGCAAUCUGCCUGUCUCGUGGUCACUCCGCCUUGGGAGCAAAGGUCGCCUUGGCCUACUUCUUGUCGAAGAUGAGAAAACGUGGAGCUCCACUGAGUCAAACAACCCAAAACGCUGUUAGAUCGGACUUGGACACAGUUGUGCCGAUCAUACUUGUCUUCAUCGCAUGUUUCGGAAUCUUCACCUCCAUCGUUCUUGCAAAAACGGAUAGCCAAGACGUAUCGGCUCUUAAUGACGCUUAUAAGAGCAUGAACUCUCCAUCAAAACUCAAAGGAUGGUCUUCAAGCGGAGGCGAUCCUUGUGGUGAUUCAUGGGAUGGCAUUACUUGCAAAGGCUCUUCUGUUACUGAAAUAAAAGUAUCAGGACGUGGACUCAGUGGAUCUUUAGGUUACCAGCUUGGAAACUUGAAAUCACUCACUUACCUUGAUGUAAGCAAGAACAAUCUUAACGGAAACUUACCCUACCAGCUUCCUGACAAGCUUACUUAUCUAGAUGGUUCUGAGAAUGACUUCAACGGUAAUGUGCCAUACUCGGUAUCUCUCAUGAAUGAUCUCAGUUACCUAAACCUUGGCCGUAACAACCUCAAUGGUGAACUCAGCGACAUGUUUCAAAAGCUUCCAAAACUUGAAACAAUUGAUCUGUCUUCCAAUCAACUCACUGGAAAACUACCGCAGAGUUUUGCCAAUCUGACAGGCCUUAAAACACUGCACUUGCAAGAAAACCAAUUCAAAGGCUCUAUAAAUGCUCUCAGGGACCUCCCUCAGAUUGAUGAUGUAAACGUCGCAAACAAUCAAUUUACUGGUUGGAUCCCAAACGAGUUGAAGAACAUUGGAAACCUUGAAACUGGAGGAAACAAGUGGUCAAGCGGUAGAGCUCCUUCACCACCUCCCGGAACCCGUCACAUAGACAGAAACUCAUCAGGAGGCGGUGGGGGAAGCAGCAAGGCUCUGACACUUGGAGUUAUAAUAGCGGUUUCUUGUAUAGGUGGACUCAUUUUAAUUGCAGGAGUGAUUGCAUUGUUUUCUCGAAGAAAGAACUCUCAUCAUUCUUCUCACUUUUUCGAUGAAGAGAAAGGAACCAACCGAAACAAGCCACUCUUCACACCACAAUCCUCUCAGAUGCUUCAAUUCGAUAAUAUGGAAGAAUUCAAAGGCCAGAAGACAGUUGAUUCUAAUACUUCACUUGAAACAAAGCCUUCUGUUAAAAGAACUUCUUCUGUCAGUUUCAAGAACUCUCCUACUUUUCAUCUCAUACCUUCUACCCAAGUGGCUGCAACCCCUGAUCGUUCCUCCACCCCCGAAAACUCUCCUGAUACACGCGGUGUGAAAGUGUUUUCAUUAACGGAUUUGCAGAAUUCCGCGUCUUGUUUCUCGCCAAAUCGCUUUCUUGGUGAAGGAACCAUUGGACGUGUUUAUAAAGCUAAAUUUCAAGAUGGAAGGAAAUAUGCAGUCAAAGAGAUUGAUUCCUCACUGUUAGGAAAAGGAAAUCCGGAAGAGUUUUCACACAUAGUGUCGAGUAUCUCGAGUAUUCACCACAAGAAUAUGGCAGAACUCGUGGGUUAUUGUUCAGAACAAGGAAGGAAUAUGCUUGUUUAUGAGUAUUUCACAAGUGGAUCACUUCACAGAUUUCUUCACCUGUCUGAUGAUUUCAGCAAACCAUUAACUUGGAACACCAGAAUCCGAAUCGCUCUCGGAACUGCUCAAGCUAUAGAGUACCUUCAUGAAACAUGUUCGCCUCCGCUAGUUCACAAGAACAUCAAGUCAUCGAACAUUUUACUUGAUAAUGAGCUAAAUCCCCGCCUCUCAGACUAUGGCUUGGCAAACUUUCACCACCGCACAAGUCAGAAUCUUGGAGUUGGAUACAAUGCCCCGGAAUGCACAGAUCCCUCGGCUUACACACAAAAGAGCGAUGUGUACAGCUUUGGUGUGGUGAUGCUUGAGCUGCUAACUGGUCGAACGCCUUAUGACAGUGAGAGGCCAAAAGCAGAACAGUCUUUAGUUCGUUGGGCAAAGCCGCAGCUUAAAGACAUGGAUACUCUGGAUGAAAUGGUGGAUCCCGCGUUGUGUGGACUCUAUGCUCCAGAAUCUGUAUCAUCAUUCGCGGAUAUAGUUUCCAUCUGCGUAAUGACGGAGCCUGGACUUCGGCCUCCAGUGUCAAAUGUGGUGGAGGCAUUGAAGAGGCUAGUGUAGUCUAGUGCCUCAAGUCAUUUUGAUGCGCCAAAGGUAUUAAAAGAAGAAGAAUAACUCUUUUGGAGAUUGAGGCUAAAACCUGAGAAACUUCUGAUCAAAAUCAAGUAGGAACUCAAAA